AUGGCACUAGCUGGUCGCACUAGGUACAACACGUUGAAGCGUUAUGUCAAGACCUGGAUGGCUUUCAUGCAAUGGUUGGAAGCGGCAAAGGGGGUGAUUGACUACCCCGUACCUGGUGAUUUGGUGGAGUAUUUAUUUUCAAGGUUUGAUGAGCCUUGCGGGCCGACCAUACCUGUCUUGAUAGUCAAGGCGGUCACAUGGAUGGAACGCACAGCCUGUGUGGAUGACAGGCUGCGAGUUGGGGAAUCGCAGGUGGUCCUGUCGGUCAAGGACUACAUAAUAGAGAUGCUGUCGAAGGAUUCUCCACCAAAAAGGAGAGCACCCAGGUAUCCUGCAGUUUUUCUGGAAUCAUUAGAGGCUAUGGUGGAGAACGACCAACUGCUGAUGGGUACAAGAGCAGUAGCUUGGAUCAAGCUCUUCAAGAUCUGGGCUUCACUCCGUUGGGACGACAUACAGAAAGUGGUCCCUAAGGAGUUGAAGUACUAUGCAGGGCGCAUGACAACAAUCUUGCGUAUCACGAAAACAACAGGGCCCACCAAGAGGGUUCAGGAGCUGCCGGUUUGUGUCUCAGAGCAUGCAUAUGUUACAAGCCCUUUUUGGCUGAAGACUGGGUUUGAUCUUUUCAAGACACAUGCAAACUUUGAACGUGAUUACAUGUUGCCGAAGUUGAAUAGAGACUGGUCUGGUUUUAGGAGAUCCAUGGCGACAUACAAUGGUGUCACUUCGUAUUCCUCAUAUGUUCGCAAAGCUGCCAAACGACCCGGAACAACAGAAGCUCUGUUGGACCCAUCUUUAUCAACCUUCUGGACAGAGCAUUCUGAACGUGCAACACUUCCAACUGGUUUGGCCCUUUUGAGAACUGCAAAAGAGGAGCGUGACAUGUUAGGUCGUUGGAAGCCUGAUGGAUCAGACACAUACAUCAGGAUGUACAAUGGUGUGGUAGCAAGGCUUCAGCAACAAUAUGCAAAAGCUGUCAGGGUGAACAACAGGACAGGUCUUUUGGAUGAAAGAGAUAUCAUUGAAAGUGCAAUGUCAUGGAUCACGGACAGAUGUGAACAGUUGCCUGAACAUCAGGUGCAGUUGAUUAUUUCUCACUUGGAGGAAUCUAUGCACUGGCAGGUUCAGCCUGGUUGUGAGCUGGCUGGUCAGGUCGGGGAAGAGGAGAAAUCGGAGGACAUCCAGUCGGAGCCCAAUGCAGAUGCUUCGCAAGUUCAGAAACAUCAAACGGAAAAGGAGACCAGGAAACCUUUGUAUGUGGUAGUGAACAGUGGUAGGCGUUGCAGACGUUUGCACAAGAGUCAAGGUGGCUGCUGGAUGGGACGUGAGAUGUCCUUUAAGUCCUCAGUAGAGUUUUACCAGAUGCCAGAAGGGUCAGACUAUUCACAUGAGGCCCUAAAGAAGGGCGGAGCGGACCUCAGGUUCACAUUGUCUCGGAAUGACGUUGAUGAUGACUUGCAAGCUGCCUUCUUUACAAACGGCAUUACAACAGUUCAGAAGUUUUCAUCCUUCUUCAGAUCAGAGGAUGACCUCAUUCAAGUCAUGAAGGAUUCCUUUGCAACAGAUGCAGAUGAGGGCCUUCAAGCGCGGGCACAGUUAGCCUCAGUGAUUUGUGCUUGGAGAGAGACGCAAACGAAACAAAAGAGACAGGCGGAGGUUGAGGCGGAGAUGGACACACGUGAGUGGACAAAGCCCAUACCUACUGGUGACUACAUCAACUUGAGGAAUGCGUUCAUGAGGGCUCAUGGAAAGGUUGAGGACAAGGUCACACCAUCAAAAGAGUACCUUGAGAAAAAGUUACAGGAACUUGAGAAUGGUGAAUUUAGAGCUGAACUGCUGUCGGAGGUGGUAUCGAAGGAUGAGGUGGACCCGGAUAUUAUGGUGCCGGUCUUCGACUCCAAAGGGUCGCUCUCAGUGAAGAAGGGCACAACAUCGGUGGCACUUCCGACAGGGCCGGAGCAACUCAGGAGACGGCUCACAGUGAUGUUGCAUUGUGUUUUGAUGCUUGCUUUGAAACAUACAAACCGUGAAGAGAUUCAAGACAUGAGCCGUGACACUAUGGAGCGCUACAAGGAUUACAUCCUAGGCGAUUACGUCUGGGGCUUGUCAUCGACGGACCUGCAGGGGAAUCAGAUACAGACACCGCCUUGGAGCUUGGUCCUCAGCUACGAGCAUGCAGUGCGGAAGCGUGCAUACAAUUUGAUGAUUACAGAACAUUUGAAAAUUGGAGCUGCUUUGGAACAGGCAUGGAAAUGUCCAGUCACAAAAGAGCGCCACUUCAUCACGCCCUUAGCCUUAUACAGCAAGCGGUCGAAUCCUAGCGUGGCACCAGAUGGCUCAAAGAUCUGUUUCAGGUUCAACCAGGGGAAGUGCAGUUACCAGAAAUGCAAGUUUGCGCAUCUUUGCAAUCGAUGCUUCAAGAAGGGCCACAAUGGGAUGAAUUGCAAGGAGGACAAGGCACCUUUGGACACGACGGGAUCAGUCUGA